UCGAAGACAACCGAUCAGUUGUCUCUGGUGUUAAUCAGUAGUUACAAGCAUGAAAACAACACUACUCCUUACCGUCGUCAUUCUGUCCACGGUACAUUCGAUAGGUGUCGAUCCACGGAAGAUCGAUUGGACGUUGGUACGCACUCUGCACCAAACUGAUGCAAUCCGCGCGAAGCAAGGACUUCCUCCACUAACGGACGAUGAGGUUCGUUCGGCCCGGAUUGCCGAUGGUCAGCUUGCAACACCAACGCAGGUCCCUUGGGCAGUUGGUGUACUAAUAUCCGGUUCAUCGUCACACAGCUUCUGCAGUGGUGUGCUGAUCUCCCGGCGUCAUGUCCUGACGGCCGCUGUGUGCAUUUCUGGCUCCAACACACUAACCGUUCUGCUGGGUGCUUCCGAUAUGACGCGCGUCGAAGAAUUUAUCGGUGUGUCGAACAUUCUGUCACAUCCGAACUAUAGUUCCUUCUUCAAUCGGGACGACAUUGCCAUUCUGACGCUUUCUUCGGAAGCUCCAAUCCGGGACACGAUACGCCCGAUCGAUCUGCCCCGUCAGAGUCAGGUCGGUAAUGAUUUUAACAGUUGGGCUGCUACGACCGCAGGCUGGGGCAACUCGGGACGGCGUGAAAAUGAACCUAUUCCCGUCCAGAAUCUACAGUUUGCAAUCGAUGCGGUAACGUCCAACUUGCGUUGUGGAUUGUCCCACACAUUUAUUCGCAGUACGCACAUCUGCACCCUGACAGACAAUGGAGGACCUUGCAAUGGCGAUGAAGGCGGACCGGUGACGGUUACCGAAAGUGGACGUACAUUCCUCGUCGGUAUUCACUCGUUCCACUUCUCCGGCCUGUUCGGAUGUGAUCGUGGACGUCCGUCAGUACACACGCGCAUUACGGAGUAUUUGGGCUGGAUUCAGCAAAAUUCGGAUGCCAUUGUUGAGCCGUAGUUGUAUCGAAUGUUCAAUGAAAAUAAAUCUAUCCUUAUCAAGUUGUAUCAACCAGACACCUGUAAUGUAUGUUAUUAGGCGUGGUCUGCACUGUUUUUCAUUCUGUAAAUGCGUCACUCAUUAAAGGUGUUUCUCGAAACCAUUU